AUGCCCAAUAUCUCUGACCCUAAUCGCAAGCUGAUUAAAGUUGAAGAGUUGGUAUCAAGUCCGCCUAACAAUACACACACACCAUCAACAGGACCGGAAAUUAUUACCGCAGAUGAUGCUGCUGCUGCACCUGGUAAAUCACAAAGUGAAGAGCCUCAGUCGUCGCUGGUCAAAGAUAACUCUGGCCAUCAACACUAUAUCGGUCCUUCAGGAACCCUUAAUUUUUGGAAUCAGUUACGAAACCUCGUUGAUUCAAACGAUAGUCAAACUACUCCAGGUCGUCUGGGAGUUACAAAGUUCACUCAGGAUAACACGAGUCGACUCCUGGAGGCCGAUGGACAAGAUGAAGACGAUCAACCCCAACGCAGUACUGUCUGGCCUCAGGAUGGUCCUUCGCCCGGGUCCAUGACAUCUGCUAUCGCGCGCGAUUUUACACGUCUUCCCACUGCUGACAUGGAUGAGAUUCUUGGCCAAUUUCCUCCAAAUGAAGUGUUGGAAAAGCUCAUCCACUCAUACUUCAAGAAUGUCCAUGAUGACUUUCCUCUCUUCCAUCGAGCCACCUUUGAAGAAGAAUAUGAGCUGUUUAUCGUUCAAGCUCGACGGGAUCCGCGUAUUCCGAAUUCAAGACCACUUCCACUACCCGACUGGGGCUGGAUUGGUUGUCUUCAUAUGAUUGUCGUAUUUGGAUCUAUAUCGGAUAAGUUAAUCCCCAACAUUGACCAUUCUGCCCUUCGGCGAAGAUCAGUUACAGUGGCUAGAACCCUGCUGCCUCAGUUCAUCGCAAAGUGCUCAUUAUCCAACGUUCGGGUCCUGUUACUGCUGGCCCUCUUCCUGCACAAUAACAACGAAAGGAACGCGGCAUGGAACAUAGCAGGCACGGCAACUCGGAUUGCCUUCGCUAUGGGCCUUCAUCGACUAGAUAUGAGUUCUUCGUUCCGGCCGCUCGAAAGAGAAGUCAGAAAAUGGGUGUUCUGCACACUCUACGCAUUCGAGCAAUUUCUCGCAUCAAGUCUUGGCCGACCUAGUGGUCUGCAAGAGCUUGACGUCGAAGUCGUACCGCCGAGGGAAGACUUUGUAGAAGGAGGCAUAGGGACAGAUGCUAGGCUCGUAUCGUGGUCUGUCAAACUUCAGGCUAUUCUAGCACGAACAAGACUACUCCAUGGAGUAAACCGAAGCCCAGGACCGAAACUCGAUGAGAUUAUGAAUGCCCUGGAUGGUUGGAAAAGAGACAUAGGAAAGGCACCAGGGCUAGACGUCGCUUGGAUAAAGUUGGAAGGCAGGGCGCUCCCAUCACUGGAUGGGGAUGGUGCUGUUGAUAUGGAGGAACUUAAAGUCUCGUUGGCUUGGAAGACGGGUCCACAACUUCGCGCUGUCUUGCUGAUGCACAUUCAGUUUCACUAUAUCGCUAUAGUUGCUACACGGCCACUGCUACUUCGCGACGUGGCAUCGACGCGCAAGGCCGAUGCUGACUCAGCCAAAGCACCGGUACCUACACACGCUGCGUUGUGUGUCAAGCACGCAUGUCAACUGAGCUACCUCAUGAUACUUCUCGACCACUUCGACGUUCUCAACGGUCUUUCGGGGCUGGAUGUUUUCUACGCUUACUGUUCAGCCAUGAUAUUGAUCCUUCGACUACUUCGACUACGGCCUGGCGAGCUGGUAGAAGGAGUCAAGCCGGAUGAGGUAGCUCUACAAACAAAGAUUCGACGCAUAGUAGAGACCCUACGAAAUGUCAUCAACCACACCGAAAAAUGCGGCUCAAUGGCGCGACUCGCCCAAGUUGUUGAUACAUUCUCAGAGUGCGCCAAUACCCCAAACGAUCCACCGGCCACGUCAAAUCUCCCUCCGCAAGGCAUAAACACGAACACAAUGCCGUAUCCUCCUGGAUGGACAGCUCAGCAAAUGCAGCCACAGGACCCCCAAGCUCAAGGAAUCGGGUCCAUGGACGGUCUUCUGAACUUCUUGCCGUUCCCGGGAGUUGGAACAACAAUUGAAGGGUCGAUGGCACAGUUUAUACCGGGAAGUGAGGUGGAAGUGGCUGGAUGGCCCGAAAUGGAGUUUCUGAUGGAGGGAUACGGAGAGACCAAUAGAACAGGAUAUUAUGGAUAG